UAUUUGAUUGGGGCGCGUUCCACUCCCAUCCACAAUGCCAACACGAACGUCACCUCAGCAAACUGUGCGGCCUCCCCGCAAUAAUAGAACCUCACAAUUUUCAUCGCCAUUACCAUUCCUAGCGCGCCUCCUCGUCAGGCUUCGCAACCUUUGCAGCACAAAUAUGGCAUCCUAUACGCUGAAACAAGUCAUCGACAAGGAAAGAUUUGGUUCAGUUAGUGACGAACAGCUUGUUGAGCUUGUAUAUCAUCAGUUUAAACCUGUCAUCGAAAGACUCAAGAAUGUGGAACAAAACAUCGAGGGGGACGAUGCGCAUCCCCAAGGCUUACUAACCCGGACAGGCGUGGAGGGGAAAUCAGAUGAAGAUAAUCUCACCCCCUCCCGAUAUCUUUUCAACGAAGAUUACUCAGAGGUGAAUCGAACCUUGACUAAUGUUCUUGCGGUGCGAUGGCUGCUCGACAAUGAUUACAGCACCUUCACCUGCCAUCAGAAGGAACCUAUAAGGUUAAAGAGCCCAACAUUCAAUGACUUCCGCGAAUUGGCGAACCAUAUUCGAAAAGAGCCGGAUUGGCUGAUGGCCCUGAUUGUAGCUCUGGUUCUGGGUGACGUGGGUAAAGACCAUGGGCUAGCUAAAGAGGUGCGAGCCCGACUCAAGACCACACCAGAGGACAUGAACCAUGAUACAGUCCUUGAAAAGGCCCUUGAAUUGAGAAUAAUUGAUACUCCGUUGGAUCUGCUGCCGGCUCCUCGACGAGAUGAUGUACUUCGAGGAGUGAGGCUGGGAGCCAAGCUCAAUAUCCCGCAGCUGGCCCAAGGUGAGAACGUUCCAGGAAGCCUGCAAUGUCUUCAAGAUCUUCGAGGCCAGGAAAGUGCCUUUGAGUUGAAGUAUCUUGAGAUCAUGUUCGAUGUGGCUGGUGCAGGGGCGCAUGUUGAUGCCUGUGGUUCAGUGCGGAUGAUUGAGCCGGUCUGUCAAUCAUUUCUACUUACUUACAAGAUUCUGAAGCGCGUCAUCUCAAGAAAGAUCACUAUUCAGGAAGCGUACAAUCAAGUCCUGCAAAACCGAGGCCGUAUCUUAUCCGAAAAGGGUUAUCCAAAGUUAUCCACAGAUGACAAGCAAGAGCGGGCCCUCUUGCGUCUGUAUGCAAUGGGCAGGGUAGCAGAUAUCGACUUGGCAGAGCGCUUCCGCAAGGCCCUUCUCGGACUCCCUGAUGAUCAUAGAGCUGAACUUAUCAAAGAGCUUAAUCAGAGCGGUCUGGAAGAUGAACAAGCUGUAAUUCUUUAUUACAUGCCUGCAUUGUUUGCGGAGUUACUCCGUCACACCCAGCAGGCUUCCGAGGAAACGCAAGUAAAAGCGCUGACGUCGCUAAUGGGCUUUAUGAGACGCACAUAUAUCGGAGCGAAGAAUGCUCCCGGUGAAAUGAACCUUAUUAUUGAGUGUGACGUGUCUGGAGCAAAAAGCAAGAUUCAGGCACCGGGAUUCCCGGAAGAUCUUACUGGCUUGGAUGAAUAUACUCUUCCGUCGUUGGGUUCUAAAGAUCCUCAAUUUUGGUAGCCUAGCGGAAAGAAAUCGACUUUUAUAAAGCAUCUUUGUUCUUUCUCGGGCUGUUGUCGAGGUCAGACAACAAUUGGAGCAGCUUUCUGUCCACUCUAUGUCACAUCACGACUUGAUGCUAUUUUUGGUCUGCUUGCCUCUUCGCUCCGGUUUGCCAUUUUAUGCGAAUGUUCUUUUUUCCUUUCUGGUUGGGAAAGGCCGAUACCUUUACGAUUGAUACGACAUUCAUGACACUACGAAUGGCGAGAACUUUGCUUUUCAUUGUAAGGAUCUCAGAGGAAUCAGAAAUCUGGGUGGUAGUAUUAUUGUGCAUGCUCUAUGAUACCACUAGAACGCAUCGACCAUACACAGUGGACAGACAGUCUUGCCACGUUUAGCUAGCUUCUUGACCAACAUUCUACUUGCUUCUCACCCAAUUCGUAUAUUCGUUUCUUAUAAU